CAAUAUGAUAAAUUUCCAAUAAAUUGCAGAAAACGACGGCGUAUCUACUCACAUGGAUAUCACCCAUAGUUUUUCCGUCGAUUUAUUACACUUGUCAAAAAUAAACAAUAUUGUUAAUUACGCUUCUGGAUUCAACUUUUUAGGUUUUCAUUAAAUUGGAUUUAUCAUUGUUCUCAAAUAAAUUCGCUGUUUUGAUUAUUAAAUUUCAUUUCAUCAUGGCUUCGAGUUUUGAUCGAUGGGAAAAAGAUCCUUUCUUUAACGCCGCUGAAGAAGUUCAAGAAUCUGCUGAUAGGGUAGAAUCUACGUAUAGGAUAUGGAUUCAUGCAAUGAAGGAUGCAUCCAGUCCUUGGAACUCUGAUGAACUUCGAAGAGAUCUUCAUACUGCCAUGGGCACUGCUAAGUGGCAGUUAGAUGAAUUUCAACGGGCGGUGAAGUCGAGUUAUAGGAAAAGUUCGAGUGAUGAUGCGAGAAAUAGGCACCAAGAUUUUGUUGUUGCGAUUGAAGGCAAGAUUUCGAAAGUGGAGAAUUUGUUACGUCUGCAUGAACCUGUUCCUUUAGGUAGCAAAGCGUCUCUGCCUUGGGUGUCGAAUCUGUCGAUGGAUGAAGGAGAGCGAAAUGAGCUUGCAUCGUUUCUUUCAGGGAUGCCGAUGUCGCCUUCUGGUGGUAAACCGCCGGUUAGAUUUACUGGGAGAGACAGUGUGAAACCACAAUCAGGUGAUACGGAUUCGUUUAGAGCAGCGGUUGAGGUGGAGGAGAAACCAUGUGGACAUCGCAGGUUUGCUAGCGCCGAUGCUGAUAUUAGUUCGUGGAAAAUUGCUGUUUUGGAUGAUGUGCAAGUGCAACAAUCGACUUCCUCUUAUGAUUCUUCUGGUCCUACUCCCAUGCAUAAGGUAGCCAGUGUCUCUGGGUUUUUUGGAUCCGUGGAAUCAAUUUCUAAGUUUAAGUGGCCGAAGAAUGGUUAUAGAAAGCUGAAAGCAAUGGAUAGUAAUCAAGAAACUGAUAAUGCACUACUACCGUCAACUCAAUACAAUGGGGACAUCAAUGAUUGCAAUGAAAAAAGUAGCAUUUGCCUUCAUAGUUGUGAUGGAUGUUAUAGUAAGCCAAUCCACGGGUGGUAUGGAGCUUUCCAAAGACAGCUUCAAAGAUCUCAAUACCAAAUGCAGUACAACCGGCCUGUUCAAAUAGCUGUCUGGAUAGUUAUCAUCCUUUGCUUAAUUGUUUUAAUUGCAUUUUGUGCAAUGUAGAAAGGAGGAUGUAGAGACAUCAUAUAUCAAUUAUUGUUUGACGCAAAAUGGGGACAUACAAACAGUAAAAAAAUAUCAGUAGAAGUUUGUAUAAUCUAUAUUGUCCCUCAAGCAAGCGAGAGGUUUUUUUUAUGAUUCUCGCUAGCAUUCUGAGAUGUCAAUAUAACGCAUAAAUGCUUGGAGAUAAUUAUAUAGAGCCUUCUUUGACCCACAAAGUGUUUAUUCUAUGUGAGAAUUGUAUAAUGUAACAAAGCUUUGUGAUUUGUAGAUACAAAUUGAAGAUGAAUGUACUAUGUUCAUUCAUGUGUGCGUUCACAAGAAAAGACUAUGUAAAUUAUUUUGACAGUAAGAACAUACCAAGGGUAUGAAAUAUGAACAAUGCAAAUAAUUUCUCAUAACAACACAAAUGGUCAUUACACGUUGAUUAUAAAAACAGUUGGAUAUUUUAAAAUAUGAUUAAAUUCCUGUUGAGAAUGUUGUUGCAGCGACCUGAAUUUUGAUUGAGUGGGACUUGAAAUUAAAUAUUGAAAAAACCGUAAUGUUAAGAUUGUUCAUUAUAUUUAGUAAAUUGAAUAUUAGGAUUAUGAAAUUGAGAGUUGAUGAAAAUACUAGAAAAAGUGUGGGAAUUACAU